AUAAAUCAAGACAAUGGCUGUGGCCAAUAAGUCUAUCAUGUCUGAAUUUGUUUUACUGGGGCUCUCUAAUUCCUGGGAACUACAGAUGUUUUACUUUAUGGUAUUUUCAUUGUUUUACGUGGCAACAAUGGUGGGUAACAGCCUCAUAGUCAUCACAGUUAUAGUAGACCCUCACCUACACUCUCCUAUGUAUUUCCUGCUUGCCAAUCUUUCAAUCAUUGAUAUGUCUCUUGCUUCUUUUGCCACCCCGAAGAUGAUUACAGAUUACCUAACAGGCCACAAAAUUAUCUCUUUCAGUGACUGCCUUACCCAGAUAUUCUUUCUCCACCUUUUCACUGGCACUGAGAUCAUCUUACUCAUGGCCAUGUCCUUUGAUAGGUAUAUUGCAAUAUGCAAGCCCCUGCACUAUGCUUCAAUCAUUAGUCCCCAGGUGUGUGUUGCUCUCGUGGCAGCUUCCUGGAUUGUGGGAAUCAUGCAUUCAAUGAGUCAGGUCAUAUUUGCUCUCAUGUUACCAUUCUGUGGUCCCAAUGAAGUAGACAGCUUUUUUUGUGACCUUCCGGUGGUGUUCCAGCUGGCUUGUGUAGAUAAUUAUGUUCUGGGCUUCUUUAUGAUCUCAACAAGUGGCAUAAUUGCUUUGUCCUGCUUUAUUGUUUUAUUUGAUUCAUAUGUUACUGUCCUGGUUACUUUGAAGCAUCAUUCUUCCAGAGGAUCGUCUAAGGCCCUUUCUACUUGUACAGCUCAUUUCAUUGUUGUCUUCUUAUUCUUUGGGCCAUGCAUCUUCAUCUACAUGUGGCCACUAAGCAGCCUUCUCAUAGACAAGAUUCUGUCUGUGUUUUAUACCAUCUUUACACCCAUUUUGAACCCAGUAAUCUAUACUCUGAGGAAUCAAGAAGUAAAGACAGCCAUGAAGAAACUGAAAAAUAGGUUUAUAUAUUUUAAUAAGGCAAUGCCUUCUCAUUAUUUUUCAUCUUAUCUUUUAGUUCUACUUAACUUCUAGGUUUUACCUUUAAGGCAUUAAGUGUCACAGUUUUUGUGACACAGAACAUUAGUCACAAUGCUGUGUUAGGCUCUUCUUUCUAGAGAGUUCUUAUCAAAUUGUAAUUGCCGAGACUUUGUGAGGGCUCAAGGUCAGUGAAUGUUGAAACUAUUCUCAUGAAGAUGAAUGUGUUUGAAAUACAUUUGAAAUUUCAGAAAAGCAAAUUAAUGAGAAUAAUUUAUUCCAGAAACAAAGACUAUAAAAAUUUCAAGAGGGACAGUUCCAGUUAGAACAUUCAAUAUCCAUAAUCAAUUUAUUAGAAAAAAGGACCAAGGAAUGAGAGGAAGAAACAUAGAUUAAAGCAGAACUAGGAGAUAAUGACAAUUACACACAGUUAGAAAUUGAGUCAUUCCUUGAGAUGCUUCUAAAGUGUGAUAAACUAGUGAGAUUCUAUAAUUCUUAGGAACUCCAUACAGAAAAGCAAUAAUUUUUGACAUACUUUCCCAAGCCACUCCUACUUAACAUUUAAACCAGUUUGUAAUCUCUUCUAUUAAAGAAAACUCUAGAUAUAUUUUUAUUAUAAAUGUUGAUGUCCAUAAAAAUGCUGUAAGUGUAGCAGUCUUUACCAAUCGCUUUUAGUUCAUCAUCAAAGCAAUACAAUCAUGAUAUUUCUUUCUUAUAAUGCAGAAUUGAGUAGAGAGGUGGGAGUAUUCUGCAAAUCAGAAAGUAUUAUGUAAUGAGUUGCAGAGCAGUACACUUUGUUUUGUAUGGACACUAUCGUUACUUAAUUCCCAAGAAGUUAAAGUUAGAAUUAACAGACACAGCUUAUAAUGGUUAAAUUUAUAGAAAGUCCAUGCUUUCAUUUUAAAGUGUUAUAUUGCUUUGCAUUUUGGUUACUUUUUUCUUGAAAUAUUUGUAUGUAAAAAUAAGAAGUCUGCAUUUAGUAAUAUACUGUCAAUGUAAUAAGCAUGUUUUUGUACACAAAUAGGUUUUGUUACUAUUAUAAAUAAGCCUGGUAGGGUCAAUGUUAGAUUUAAUGUAUGCAAAUUAUCACUACCACCUGCUGCUGGUACUUACUGGAAUUGCAAGUGUGAAAGAAACAUAAUUCUGUAUAUCCCUGCUUUGCAAAUCUUUAAAUAAUGGCAAACAAAUAACAUGAGUUAACUGUUAUUUGGAAUUUUCUUUUUUUUUAAAUUGCAUUUUAGGUUUUGGGGUACAUGUGCAGAACAUGCAAGACAGUUGCAUAGGUACACACAUGGCAGUGUGUUUUGCUUCCUUUCUCCCCUUCACCCACAUUUGGCAUUUCUCCCCAGGCUAUCCCUCCCCACCUCCCCCUCCCGCUAGCCCUCCCCUUUUCCCCCCAAUAGACCCCAGUGUUUAGUACUCCCCUCCCUGUGUCCAUGUGUUCUCAUUUUUCAUCACCUGCCUAUGAGUGAGAAUAUGCGGUAUUUCAUUUUCUGUUCUUGUGUCAGUUUGCUGAGAAUGAUGUUCUCCAGAUUCAUCCAUGUCCCUACAAAUAACACAAACUCAUCAUUUCUAAUUGCUGCAUAAUAUUCCAUGGUGCAUAUGUGCCACAUUUUCCCAAUCCAGUCUAUCAUCGAUGGGCAUUUGGGUUGGUUCCAGGUCUUUGCUAUUGUAAACAGUGCUGCAAUGAAUAUUCGUGUACAUGUGUCCUUAUAGUAGAACGAUUUAUAGUCCUUUGGAUAUAUACCCAGUAAUGACAUUGCUGGGUCAAAUGGAAUUUCUAUUUCUAAGGCCUUGAGGAAUCGCCACACUGUCUUCCAAAUGGUUGAACUAAUUUACACUCCCACCAACAGUGUAAAAGUGUUCCUAUUUCUCCACAUCCUCUCCAGCAUCUGUUGUCUCCAGAUUUUUUAAUGAUCGCCAUUCUAACUGGAGUGAGAUGGUAUCUCAAUGUGGUUUUGAUUUGCAUCUCUCUGAUGACCAGUGAUGAUGAGCAUUUUUCUAAAUGAUAUUGAUAAAAUAUAGUGUCCUAUAUAUGAUCCAAUAUGUAUCCACAAAUGGAAAGAUAUGUUGCAACCACAGUAUUUGAUAAUAUCAGGUUGUUAUUUUCUGGUAUGAUUGAAUAAAUGGAGAAGAAAAAAUUCAUUAAUUACCAUUUAUGAGAGACAAAACAGAACAUUCUUAGAUGUUCAUUUUAAGCAAAAUUAGAAAAGGAAUGUAUUUUUCUUCAUCGGUUUGUGUUUUUUUUUCUUCAUUAAGGUACUAAAAAUAAGGAACAAAUUUACAGCUUGAAAGUCUGAUAUUGUGUUUAAAGUCCGAGUAGCUUUGAAAUUAUUAGAUAAUAAUGUCUACGAUAUUAACAUAAAAUAAAACAUCCUCAUGUAAGCAUAAAUUUAGCAUAAUUCUAUUUUAAAUAGAGAAACAAAUAGGCCAAUUUAGGUUUUAAGUGUGAAUUUUCUCUUAGUUGCUGUUAUAUGUACAAAUAUGUUCAGAUUCAAGGACCUUGUUUAUGUAGAAUGUUUUACCUGGUGUUUAAAAAAUACUCAAAAUAAUUCUUUCAGUUUAUAUAUUUAUUUGUCCAGGAAAUAUUUUCAAAACUGUACCGCUUUUUGCAAUAUAAAACUGUGGAAUCUUUUGGAAGAGAUGCUAUUGAUUUUCAGUACUUUUGUGGAGAAUUCUAAAACUCAAGAACAUUUGCCAACAUACCCUCAAAGGUGGAGCUAUAAGGCUAGUCAAUAAUGUGAUUGAAUAGUUGGAUUGAUAGUAAAUUUCUGUGGCAGAUAAAAAGGAUUACAGAAAGCCACAGGAGGACUACCAUGUAUAAAUGGAAAUGUCUACUCAUUUCUUGGUGGCUUAGUGUGAGGAGUCAAUAUUCAUGAUACCUCCUCAUGUUAUAUAGACACUUAAAAAAAAUCUUAGUUAGGACUCUGGGACUCAUGGUGGAUGGUUUUCCUCUAAGGCCCUAGAUUGGGACGUAUCUCUUAGACAAGAUGCUGGCACUCUUUUACCAAGGAUAACUGCAGUGACAUGGCCAUGGACUUAUUAAGCAAUAGUAAUGAUGAUGCCAGUUGCCACCAGAGUAUCCAGAGACAGAGAUGAUGUUCUGCAGAGAAUAGAAGAUAAGCAGAAACUAGUUAAUAUAAAUGUAACAGGACAAGUAUAGUUUUAAGUGAUCUGCACAAUUUGCAAUAACACAAUUGAGGGAGUCCCAAAGCAUUUUUAAGCAGACCAUAUUGACAAGCAACUUCAUCUUCCUCUAAGUGUUUAGGAAGCCAUGAAGCUCAACAAUAGUAAAAAAUACUAAAUAAUAUUAAGCAGAAUAACUGAAUGCAGAUGGAAAAACUAAAAUGAAACACCGCAUAUUCUCACUCAUAGGUGGGUGAUGAAAUAUGAGAACACAUGGACACAAAGUGGAGUACUAAACA